AUGAAUGAUCCGUUAACAAAUAUUGAAUGGCAAUGGUUAUGCAUAAUCAUCGGAGAACUUUUGGGUAUUGAUUUUACGCAACUUUAUCUUAAAGCCGAAGAAGAUUCUAAUUUUAUAUUUAAGCCUAUAUGCUGCAUUGCUGCAAAAUUAGGAAAUGAGCAUUUGAACAAAGAAUUAUCCAUCAAUGUUCUAUCAUAUAAUUUUACGUCUGAAUUAGUAGAUGUCGAUGUCAAAAUUACUACUAUUCAUCAAAAAAUUUUGGACUCAAAUCAUAUAAUUUCAUUUAGUCAAUAUAUGAAGCAUCGAAUUCAAAAACUAGAAAGGAUGCUUGACAAUUUAGAUAAUAAUUCAACCCCAAUAAUUUCAGUUUCUCGUUAUAUGAAAGAAAAGCAAGAUUAUAUUAAACAAAUAGAGAAUCUUGAGAAAGAAGCAAACGAAUAUAUUGGGCAAAUAGAUGCCUUCAAGAAAGAAAAAAACACAUACAUCGAAAUAAUAAAAGACUUCAAUGAAGAAAUAAAAAAUUUAAAGUCAAGGUAUGCUACUAUGGAGCAAGAGAAUGUGAAUAAUUUAAUAAAUAAGAUGAAAGAGAUCGAAUUCAAAAUUGAGACAAAAACAAAUUUAUUAAGCCAAGAAAUUAAGAAUCUCCAAUUAUUACUUAGUAAAAUAUCAAUUAUUUAA